AUGCUCAAACUUCUCAACAGCAAGCUCCGGCGACUCUGCUUGAAACUCCGGUGGCCGGCCACUCGCCGCCGCCGACGGCCGCGACCGAAGGUCGCCGUGAAGAAUCUCGGGAAAUCCAGCUCGAGAUCUCGCGCCGCCGAUCAGAACGACCCCGCCGCCGCCUCCUCCGCCGUGAUUCACCCCAGCACCACCGCCGCCGCGGACCCCAGCGCCCCGAGGACCAUCCGUUUCGCCACGUUCAACGCCGCGUCCUUCUCCAUGGCGCCGGCGGUCCCUCACACUGGCAAAUCGUCGAACACUUCGCGCGCGGAGCUCGACCGUGGCCAUCGUGGCUCCAAAUCCACCAGCGACGGCCCCAAAAGCAUCCUCAAGCAUUCGCCGCGGCACCCGGCCGCGAACCCCCAUCAAACCCUCACCAGGCAGCAGAAAUUCGCGAGAUCGAGGUUGAGGGUUUCGAUAAACUUACCGGACAACGAGAUUUCUUUGAGGAGAAGCGGGCAGCUGAGCUUCGAGAUUCCCGGGGGGAAGACGCCGGAGAGGUCGAGCAGCGCUCGUUUCGUCGGCACGGCGAGCCUCGGCGGCGGGGAUUGGGGGAGCAAUCGGACGGUUUUGGAGGUAUUGAGGGAGGUGGACGCGGACGUGGUGGCGCUGCAGGACGUGAGGGCGGAGGAGGAGAAGGACAUGACGCCGCUGUCGGAGCUCGCCGGAGCUUUGGGGAUGAGGUACGCGUUCGCCGAGAGCUGGGCGCCGGAGUACGGCAACGCGAUUCUGUCAAAGUGGCCGAUUAAAAGGUGGAAAGCUCAGAGGAUAUUUGAUGACUCUGAUUUCAGAAUGAAGCAAAUAAACUCCAUAAUCCAAUCGACCGGAGUUCCACACAUUUUGGCCGGAGGCCUAAAUUCGUUAGACGAGACGGAUUACUCGCACGAGAGAUGGACGGAUAUCGUGAAGUACUAUGAAGAAAUGGGUAAGCCGACACCUAAGUUUGAGGUGAUGAAGUAUCUAAAGAGUAAGGGAUACGUAGACGCCAAAUACUUUGCGGGCGAAUGUGAAUCGGUUGUUAUGAUCGCCAAAGGCGUACAAGGGACAUGCAAAUAUGGGACACGAGUGGAUUAUAUACUAUCGUCUGCAAACGCGCCAUACAAAUUUGUUCCUGGUUCAUAUUCGGUGAUCUCAUCCAAAGGAACUUCAGAUCAUCACAUAGUGAAAGUCGACUUAAUCAAAGUUGCCGAUAGUCCUCAACAAUGCGCGAGUGGGAAGAUGGGACAAGAGAGAAAGAGGAUAGUGAAGAUCACUCAUUCUUCAUCUCCAACAAAGUGUAUAUGGAAAACACAUUCUUGA